AUCUAUGAUACUACCUGUUAUAACAGUAGAAUUACUCGGUUCACUUAUAAACCGUCAAACUCUAUUACUUUCUCAAGUUAACGCACAUUGCUAAGAGCUUAAAAGAGGAAUUCCUGUUAUUCUAACCAUUUUUUCGUCUAUACAAGUUAAACUUGUUACCCUAAACUAUGGAACAUUAUAAUGACGAAUUAAUGGGAGAUAACGUUGUAGACGACAACUCCAACCCAAACGAGGGACCUCAUUUGUCUAUGGCCAAAGAUGUUUCUAAUAUGAAUGUUCUCCAAAAAAACGAAAAUAUUAAGACAACUGAUGCAAUACCAUUGUUAUUGAACGAAUAUACUGAGUAUUUUCAAGUAAGAAUUGAAAUAACAUAUAUAAUAUUAUUGUUUUCAAGCUAACUUUAUAUGACUUACUUACAGUCGGUAAGCAAGGAAUUCUUAUUUAAAUACUGUGCAUGUUCUUAUUUUAAAAACGUUGAAGCCAAAAUAAUUGAAGAAAUGGACAAAAUUAAAUUGGAAUUUGAUGUACAAACUAGAAUUGAUGAAUAUGUUAAUAUUAUUAAAACAGAACUCAUCAUAAAAAAUAUGAAGACAAUUGUAGAGAUGGAAAAUUGUGGCGUUGUAUAUAUGUUGAGGAAUAACCAACAUGAUGAAUUGAAAUGGAUGUACAAUUUUUUGAGUUCUGUGAAUGGUGGUGUAAAAGUGAUGUUUGAUGGUAUGCGUCCAUAUUUUCGUGAAGUAGGAGAAUCAGUUGUACGUGGAACAAGAAAAAUGUAUGAUUUUAAUACUUGUGUUCAGAGUUUAUUGGAUUUGAAAACAAAGUUUGAUAAUUUAAUGGUAAAUUUAUUCAACAAUGACCCCUUAUUUGAUGAAACUGUCGGUGAUGAAUUUAAUUAUUUCUUAAACUUGAAUUCUUUUAUACCUAAUUAUCUAUCUUUUUUCAUUGAUGAAAAACUAAGAAGAGGAACAUGUACGUAUAUUAAAAAUAAUCCGGAAGCUGAUAUUAACAAAGUUAUAUAUAUGAUAAAAUAUCUUAAGAAGAAGAAAAAGUUUGAAUCUAGCUAUCAAAAAUAUUUAUGCAAUAGAUUACUUCAUUGCAAGUUUUUCAGCCUUGACAGUGAGAAUAAAAUGAUCUCCAAACUUAAUAGUACAUAUACCAAUGGCAAUGGUACUUUGUUUAUUUCCAAAUUAUAUGGAAUGAUACGGGAUAAGUUUGUGUUGUCCGAACAUGUUAUGACAGACUAUAAUGCCUAUGUUGAAAUAAACAAGUGUAUUUUUGGCAUUUCAAAAUCUUUUGAUUUUGACAUUGAUGUACUAGUAAUAAAUUCAGUUAAUUGGCCAGUUGAUCGAAAAUCAAAACAUGAAAUACCAUCAUUUGGAUUGUGUGCUUUUAAUGAAUUCAAAACAAUCUACCAAAAAAAUACCCAGGAUAAUGCCAAAAAGAAAUUAAUGUUAUUACCUCAGUUUGGUACAGUUGAAUUGAACGCACAUUUUUAUGGCAAACCUUGUUUGGAUACACAACUUGAUAAUGAAUUACCAAAAACCAACAUUGAGCGGGUAAAUCGAAAGCUCAAACUUGAAGUAACGACUUACCAGAUGUGUGUGCUUGACUUGUUCAAUACUAACAAUACCUUAACUUUUAAAGAAAUACAAAGUAAAACUAAGAUUCCUAGAACUGAUUUAAUUAAGUCUUUACAAGAUAUGAUGCAGUUUGGCAAUAAUUUAAGGAAUUUACUUAUCAAAACUCCAAGGACCAGAGAAAUAAAUAUGACUGAUAUAUUUUGUAUUAACGAAUCUUUUGAAUAUAUAGAAAUGUAAAUAUAAAUAUAAUGUAUAUAAGGAAGUUUAUCAUAGAAGUUUAAUUUUUAAUAAUAACUUGAUGGAAAACUUAAACUAAGUAAUUAAUGUACUUAUAUUAUGUUUAAAAUAAUAUAAUUAAAUAUAUUUAUAAAAAGUAUAUUUGUAUUUGUUUAGUUAUGUAAUAAGAUUAAAAACCAUCAGGGACUCAUUUAUAUUUUCCAUAAAUACAGUAUGUCCCAGAAGUCCCGUAUCACCCUCAGUAUCUCCGUGGAAAAUCAAUAUAUUUAAAUGC